AUGGCAGAAGAUUUUACCUAUAAAGGAAUUCCGGAUGGUGAGCUGAAAAUUCAAGCAGUUCUCAAAAGCAUGAACAUAUUUCUUCAAAGAUAUGGAAAAAGUGUAAAUGAUUAUGAUCUUUCUGAAUUUUUACCAGAAACAGAUAUUGGCUAA